AUGGUGGACUGUGAACUAGUACGAGCCAUAGGGGUUUCAAACUUCCUGGUUGAUGAUUUGGAAAGCCUUAUGGAGACGGCGUCGAUCAUCCCGCAUGUAAAUCAAUUCGAAUACCACCCGUAUUUGAAUGACUGCGACGUGCGAGCAAUUCAGGUAUUGACUCUAUUCCCGAAAUUCCAGGGGUCGUGUCCGCUAGCCAAAGGCGAGAUUCUACAGCGACCCGAGUUAGUACAAGUCGCUCAGAGGAUUGGAAAGACGCCAGCACAAGUCAGCAUUCGAUAUUCUAUUCAAAAUGACGUCAUUGCGAUCCCCAAGUCUUUGAGGCCCUGGAGACUUCGAGAAAACGCCAGCGUA